CCGGAUGUAGCGGCGGGAGCGGGGCCGGCGGUGGGAGCGGGUGGGGGGCGCCGCUGGGGCCGGGGAAUGGGCGCGUAGGGAGCGAAGAACGCAAGAAGGGAACGAGCGAGCGAGCAAGGAGAAGAGCCGGACGGAGAUUCCCGCCCGGCGCCCGAGGUAGCCGCCCCCAUCGGGGUCCCCCUCCGCCGCCUGCGGGCUGCGCGCCCCCUCCAUCCGCCCCGGGGCUCCGCCGCCGGGAUGAGCAGCUCGCGGAACAACCGGGUGAUGGUGGAAGGAGUCGGGGCCCGGGUGGUCCGCGGCCCGGACUGGAAGUGGGGGAAGCAGGAUGGCGGCGAGGGCCAUGUGGGCACCGUGCGCAGCUUCGAGAGCCCCGAGGAGGUGGUCGUGGUGUGGGACAACGGCACCGCCGCCAACUACCGCUGCUCCGGGGCCUACGACCUCCGCAUCCUCGACAGCGCGCCCACCGGUAUCAAACAUGAUGGGACUAUGUGUGAUACUUGUCGACAGCAGCCUAUCAUUGGCAUCCGAUGGAAAUGUGCUGAAUGCACAAAUUAUGACUUGUGCACAGUUUGCUAUCACGGGGACAAGCAUCACUUGAGGCAUCGUUUUUACAGAAUUACCACACCUGGAAGUGAAAGGGUAUUGUUGGAGUCUCGACGUAAAUCAAAGAAAAUUACAGCAAGAGGAAUCUUUGCAGGUGCCAGGGUGGUGCGAGGAGUUGACUGGCAAUGGGAAGAUCAGGAUGGUGGCAAUGGGCGUAGAGGAAAGGUAACUGAAAUCCAAGAUUGGAGUGCGUCGAGUCCACAUAGCGCAGCAUAUGUUCUUUGGGACAAUGGUGCUAAAAAUCUUUACAGAGUUGGCUUUGAGGGCAUGUCUGACCUGAAAUGUGUUCAAGAUGCAAAAGGAGGCUCAUUCUACAGAGACCAUUGUCCUGUGUUAGGUGAGCAAAAUGGUAACAGAAACCCUGGUGGGCUGCAAAUAGGUGACCUUGUAAACAUUGACCUCGACUUGGAAAUUGUGCAAUCUUUGCAGCAUGGUCAUGGAGGAUGGACUGAUGGCAUGUUUGAAACUUUAACAACAACUGGAACAGUUUGUGGCAUCGAUGAGGACCAUGACAUUGUAGUACAAUAUCCAAGUGGCAACAGGUGGACAUUUAAUCCAGCUGUUCUCACCAAGGCCAACGUUGUCCGAAGUGGAGAUGCUGCUCAAGGUGCAGAAGGAGGUACCUCUCAAUUCCAAGUGGGCGACCUCGUUCAAGUAUGUUAUGACUUGGAGCGAAUCAAGCUUCUCCAGAGAGGUCAUGGAGAGUGGGCUGAGGCAAUGCUUCCAACUUUAGGUAAAGUUGGUCGUGUUCAGCAGAUCUAUUCAGACAGUGACUUAAAGGUAGAGGUUUGUGGGACGUCUUGGACCUAUAAUCCAGCAGCUGUCUCGAAGGUGGCAUCUGCAGGAUCUGCUAUAAGUAAUGCAUCUGGUGAGAGAUUGUCCCAGCUAUUGAAAAAAUUAUUUGAAACCCAAGAAUCUGGAGAUCUCAAUGAAGAAUUGGUUAAAGCUGCUGCCAAUGGAGAUGUUGCUAAAGUGGAAGACUUGCUAAAGAGGCCAGAUGUAGAUGUGAAUGGGCAAUGUGCUGGACACACAGCUAUGCAAGCUGCAAGCCAGAAUGGCCAUGUUGACAUUUUGAAGUUGCUUCUGAAACAGAAUGUGGAUGUAGAAGCAGAGGACAAGGAUGGAGACAGGGCUGUCCAUCAUGCAGCCUUCGGUGACGAGGGUGCUGUGAUUGAGGUUUUGCACCGAGGCAGUGCAGAUUUGAAUGCUCGCAACAAGCGCAGGCAGACUCCACUCCAUAUUGCUGUCAACAAAGGUCAUCUGCAAGUUGUCAAGACUUUACUGGACUUCGGCUGCCACCCCAGUCUCCAGGAUUCUGAAGGAGACACUCCACUUCAUGAUGCAAUAAGUAAAAAGCGUGAUGAUAUCCUUGCUGUACUCUUAGAAGCUGGAGCAGAUGUUACUAUCACCAACAACAAUGGGUUUAAUGCUCUUCACCAUGCUGCCCUAAGAGGAAACCCUAGCGCAAUGCGCGUGCUGUUGUCCAAGUUACCACGACCAUGGAUUGUUGAUGAGAAAAAAGAUGAUGGUUACACUGCCUUACAUCUGGCAGCUCUUAAUAAUCAUGUGGAAGUGGCUGAACUUUUGGUGCAUCAGGGCAAUGCUAACCUGGAUAUCCAGAAUGUUAACCAGCAAACUGCUCUUCAUCUUGCUGUUGAACGGCAGCAUACACAAAUUGUUAGGCUCUUAGUCCGUGCAGGUGCUAAAUUGGAUAUUCAGGAUAAAGAUGGGGAUACUCCCCUGCAUGAAGCCCUGAGACACCACACCCUGUCACAGCUCCGCCAACUCCAAGACAUGCAAGAUGUGGGCAAGGUAGAUACUGCUUGGGAGCCAUCAAAGAACACAUUAAUAAUGGGACUUGGCACUCAAGGAGCAGAGAAGAAGAGUGCUGCAUCGAUUGCCUGCUUCCUGGCAGCCAACGGGGCUGACCUCGGCAUUCGUAACAAGAAGGGUCAGUCCCCUCUUGAUCUCUGCCCUGAUCCAAGUCUCUGCAAAGCAUUGGCUAAAUGUCACAAAGAGAAAGUCAGUGGCCAGGUUGGUUCCCGAAGUCCAUCUAUGAUCAACAAUGAUUCUGAAACCUUAGAAGAAUGUAUGGUGUGUUCAGACAUGAAGAGAGAUACUCUGUUUGGCCCAUGUGGCCACAUUGCCACGUGUUCUUUGUGCUCACCACGGGUGAAAAAAUGCCUCAUCUGUAAAGAACAAGUUCAAUCUAGGACAAAGAUUGAAGAAUGCGUAGUAUGUUCAGACAAAAAGGCAGCAGUGCUCUUCCAGCCUUGUGGUCAUAUGUGUGCCUGUGAGAAUUGUGCAAGCUUGAUGAAGAAAUGUGUACAGUGUCGGGCAGUGGUUGAGCGAAGAGUGCCUUUCAUAAUGUGCUGCGGAGGGAAAGGUACAGAAGAUACCAGUGAUGAUAUUUCAAGUGGAAACAUUCCAGUUUUGCAGAAGGACAAAGACAACACUAAUGUCAAUGCAGAUGUACAGAAGCUGCAGCAACAGUUGCAAGACAUCAAGGAACAGACGAUGUGUCCUGUCUGUUUGGACCGCCUGAAGAACAUGAUCUUCCUGUGUGGCCAUGGAACAUGUCAGCUUUGUGGAGACCGAAUGAGCGAGUGCCCCAUAUGCCGCAAGGCAAUUGAACGGAGGAUCCUUUUGUACUAAACAGGGGCCAGGGUCUUUUACUAUGUUGUGAAAGAGUAAGGUCAUGCUGAUGGUUUUAACCCUCUAUUAGUUUGAAUGGUAGUAGAGGGUUCUAAUGAAAACAUUUCUAAUACUGUAGCACAGGUUUGUUACAUAGUAAUUGUUUAAAGACUGUGAAAGCACCAAAUAAAAGAAACAAACAGUAUUUGAACAGUCAGCUUGUAGCUUUACUCUUAAAAAACGUGUAAGCCUAAUGCUAAUGUAAAGCAGUCUUUUUUUCAUUUUGUUUCUGUCUUCUUCUUAAAGUUUAAACGGACAAUCUUAUUUUGGUUUUGUUCAUGUGUAUCCUGUAUGUGUCAGAUGUCAAGUGAUGUAAGGGAAUUUUUUUUUUUAUAUUGUCAAUUACUACCAAACAUAAACAUUCAGGAUUUUUUUUUGCUUUAUGCUUUUUAUGUGUCAGCAUUUCCUAUGCCAGUUCUGAUUCACAAUUAAUUUGUCUUGAAAUACACAGCCAUGAAAAAUCAAUACAAAAUAUAUACACAGUAAUAAUAGAUAGACUAUUCCCAUGAGGUCAUGUCUUAGAAUGCAAUGUUAGGGUAAUUCUGACUUCAUGCCCUUUGUUCCUGAGGAUGGGUUGUAUAGGAAAAAUUUUUUUUAAAAAAUCUGUUGAUUGAAUAUGAUCUGUUGUGUAGAAACACACACAUGCAGAGCCGUUUAAAAAUUGUGGAUCUGUGAAUUCAGAAAGACCAGAUUUUGUGAAAUUUCCUUUGUUUAUAAGUGAGUUUUAUUGUCUUCAGGCAAACAGUGUCAACAGCAAAAGAGAAUAUUUAAUAUUGAUUAUUCAUCUAAGUGGGGUAUUAACACCAGAACUUACCUAUGAGCAUUACUGAGUAAUACUGCAAAUGAAGAUAUUGCUGACAGAGCAGUGAAUUUUGUGAGCUGUGCCUAGUUGAGCUGAAUUUUGCUGAAGGAGUUUGUUUUCCCUGAUAUGAUAAGGAGCUAUUCCUCCUGACCCCCAAAAUGCUACUGUUACAGACUGCAAACUAUUCACUUUUUGAAAACAAAUGUAUCUUUUCAUCCUUUUUGGUAGUAGAAAAUAUGCUGAUUUAAGGGUUUCUUGUAGCUAAAAGGAAUCUCUGCUUACUCCUAAGUGAUUGAACAGUUUUCUGAGUGCAUAGUUCAUGUAGCCCAUUGCCAUUGUGCAGACUUCAUUUGGACAUUUCUGCUCUUGCAGAACAUUAAAGAAAUCCAUGCUGGAAUUACUUAGGUGCCUUACUUGCAGCUAAGAUGAAUUUAUCAUUGAAUUCUCAUUGCUUAUGUCUAAAAAUGUGGAUAAAAGGAUAGUUCAGGGAAAGAUCCAAGAAAGGAUAAUGUUAUAAUUGUGGUAUUUUCAGAUAAAUCAAUCUGUCUUCUGAAACUUAUGUUGAUAUGCCUGAACUGUGCAAAUGUUGGCAAAUGUCUCAGAAGACUGUUACUAAUAAACUGUAAAGAUAGACAAACCUUUAAGCAAUAAGAUUUAAACACUGAAAAAAAUUUUCCAGGAAACAAGUACAGUGAUAUAUUGGAAAAGUCUGUAUAGAGGGACUUUUAACAUCAUGAAGUGGUGUAAUACACAGCGUUACAAUAGUCAUCUUUAAUCCUCAUCCAGCAUUCCAAAUGUUCCUCAUUAUUUUCAGUGUUCUUUCAUUGGACACAAUCACAAUCUGGAGUCACUGUAGUCGUCUGGUUUAUUUUGUAUACUAGUGGUCAUUUGUUCUCAGAUAAUGUGCAUCUGUAUUCUUGACCAAAUGAAGCAGCCUUCCCUUGUUUUGCUUCUUGAUUACUAUUCUAAAAUACCAAAAUUUCAAGGAGUUUUGGAAAGUUUUUGAUGCAAGGCCUUGUUUCAGUUCAGCAUUUUGGUAUCUCCACUUGAACUCUUUGUGCAUCUGAGUGUUCAUUGCAAUUUUCAUUUGGCCAAUACAUACUAAGGUUUUUGGUUUGUUUUUUUGGGGUGGUGUUUUUUUGGGUUUUUUUUUUUUUUUUUGGUAGCAUGUUUUACAGCUGAACCUUUUAUAGUAGGCUUCAGUUUCUUGUCAGAAGUAUUUUCCCCUGGAAAUACUUCUGUAAUAGGAUAUGCCAUUUAAUGAUCUAUUCUGAGUUUUCGCCUGUCAUGCAUCAGAUUUUUACCUUGAUUUCCUCUGUCUCUGGCAGACAUAUUUUGUUCUCAUAAUUCUUUAAGGGAGCCUCUGCAAAGUUGGCUGCACAGAUGCAGGGUGGAUCUCUUCUUGAUAACACAACUCAAAACUGAAACCUCAGUAGAGCAGUAUGCAUUUUCCUGAUUCUUUUUUGCUGGAACAAGCCAGAAUUACUUGAAAGUAUUCCAGCUUAGCAUCAGUUAAAUAAUUCAGCUGAGUUAGAACAGAUCUGAAGCAUCCUGGUUAGGAAACUGGAUGUAAGAUGCAAGUUACUGUUUAACACCCUCAGUACUUGAAUACCAUCACAGUCCUCUGGAAAUGGAGACAACGACUGAAGGUAUUGCUGUAGGAGCAGCUUUGUGUCCCAUGCUGCUCUCACAGCAGAUGUAUGUGACUGCAUAGGAGCUUGUGAUUGGACUCAUUCAGCAAUGUUGUGUGUGUGCCAGUUGAAACUGAACUGUGUCAGCUUGGUGCUAUUUUGGUGCCAAGAAAAACAUCUGAAUUAGAAAAACUAGGAGGGCUAACCAAGAUGCUUGAUUUAUUUAUAUAGUUCUGUUAUUGACAGGAGUAUUGUAUCUUGUCUGGAGGUGGCGAUACCUCCUUUCAAAAAACUUAAAUGGGGAAAAAUGCUUGCAAAUCUGGUAUCAUUUAUGGAAAUAAAUAUUUAUAUUCAGACCCUCUCUUUUCAUUCAGAUGUAGAAGGUGAGCUAGUGUUAAGGAGCCCAAUAAGCUCAUUCACUUUAUUUUGUGGUUAUGUGUGCAAUGUGCACAGAGUACGAAUGUUUAAUUGGAUAGCACAUAUUUGAAGGAUGAGAAGUUCAAAGGGGAUCAUAACAAGUAGGAGAGCUAAGGAAAUAUCACUGUGCAUCUGUCUUCAGCAAAAGAUUAAAGUCUAAAUUUCACCUGAGCAAAGUAAAAAUUAGAAAAAUCAGUUGGGCAUUUAAUUUAUUGUAAAAUUGUAGAAUGUGAGCGUUGUAAGGUUUGUUAUGUCUAGUGCCCAGCAUUGAAUAAUAAUUUUGAAAUUAAAUGGAAUUAAAUAUCUCCAUUUUUUUCUUGAAACAAGAUACCUAAAAAAUAUGUAUUGUUCAGUGUGAGGUAUGCUCAGAUGUUUAAGUAAAAUGUUUUCUUUGCCAUUCAUAAAGAGACAUUAUAUCACUAUGCAGGGAUUUAAAGUGUAAAGACAACCUAAGAGGUUAACAGAAUAAAUUUAGUAGUUGUAUGUGGUAGUAUAUGUACUACCACAGUUGCAGAUUGUUAACUUUUGUAUAACUACCUUUGACUUUUUUUUCCCUUCAAAACUUGUAUCAUCACUUAUUGUGGCCCAAACUUAUAUGGCACUUCCCAAAAUCUGGGCUGCUAUUACCUACUUUGCAUUUGUUGGAUUACUGUGUAUUUAUAUGUUGGGGUUUGGAGAAAUCCCUUUUUCCUGAAGUGGAUAAAAAAACUACACUGGUGAGAUAGCAAACAAGUUACUUUGUAAAUGUGAAAGUUUGAUUAGAAGGUGGUGUUCUUAAUUUGGACUGGCUGAGAAUAUAGCAGAUUUGCACAAGUACUUGUGCCUUGUUAGCAUAGUCUUACAAUUGGUAUUUUAGCUUCUUUUAAAGACCUGAAAUGGUCUUUUAAAAAUAAUUAAGUACUUACUGUGUAGAUAUUUUCUAGACAUGAAGGUUUAUGUAUGUGUAAUUAUCUUUAGCAGUAUUAAUUGCAGUUAGUGUAAACACUAAAUUGUUUGAAGAAGCUGCUUUCAGCUAGUGAUCUGAGCUUCCUCUACAAAACUAAUUGUCAGAAAUUUAAUUUUACUCUUCCAGUAGCAGCUGGUGAACCGAAGAACCUAUCCUGUUCUUUGUGCUGCAUGGGUCAAGUUUUCACUUAAAAAAACCAAACCCCAACAACACUACAGUCUAACUAGCAGUGCUACCUCCUUUCUGUCAAAGUGCUGAAUUCUUCUGUAGCUGUUUGUUGUCUUUGAAAAAGGGUGGGAAACGCAUCAGUUUUCUUUUGCUUCAUCAGUUUUGAUGUCUGAAUACAUUGCAGAGGUUUUUUUACUUUAUUAAAUUACUGUGUAAAUUGCAUACAAUAGCAGUGCGUGAUUUGCCACGAAGUACAUUGUAUUCCUGUGCAUAAAUUGCUGGAAUCCAAAGUGUUGUCUUUGUGUGCAUUUCAUACUUUAUUUGUGUUGACAAAGCUAAACUGUUUGCAGAAGCUUUAGUGUGUGCCAUUUUUAUAGCUAAGCCUGUGGUAAAUACACAAGUUCUGACUCAGGGCUUUUUAACAACUUAAACACAUUUACAAUAUUCUUCAGCACAUCUUGGAGAAUACUAGAGAUUUAAUGACUCUACAGUGCCUUGAUAGAACUAUUGAAUGGGCAGCAGCCAUAGGGUCUUCACAAGAACACAAGUAUCUUCUCAAUCCAAUUAAUGAGUUUAUGUUAAUAUAGUUGUAAUGCCCUUGCCAUGGAUUUAUAAACUUGUAUAUAUUUUCUGUAAAGGAAAUUUGGAAAAUUUAGAUAUUGCUAAGCUUUCUGAAAGCUGAUUAAUUGUUGCACUGGUCAUGAGGAUCUGAAGGGCAUCAUAUUAAAAUUUACAGGAGCAGCUUUUGUGUCAAAGACAGCUGAGAAAAUUUUCUGUAUGUGACAUUUUUAGUGUGAGGGAGAGGUCAUUGUAUAACAUGUAAAAGUACCUGCUUUAUUUUGAUCUAGGAAAUCUUCCGUAAGUGAGAGAGAAAUAACCAUCAACAAAUCAGUAUGUUUGCAUGCCAUUUCAUAGUUAGAAAACUUUGUGUCAUUUUGAGCUUCUAGGAAAUACUUAAUUUGUCCAGCCUUAGUGUCUUUAUGAAUGCAAACUAUUAAUGGUAGAAAACAGGUUUUAAUGAAUUACAACAAACAUUUUUGCUUUUGUUAAAACUAACUUUGUAUUUUCUGUAAACUGUAGAUUUUGACAUGACUGUUUAUUGGAGAAGUUUAAGAUAGCCUGUGUGAGUGUACUGUAUUUCUGUAUGCAGAUAGCAUUAUAUACUUGCUUGUUUUAAAACUGCUUAGCAAUGUCUAAGCUUUUCAAAGGAAAUGCUGAUGUACUGUAUGGUUAGUAAAACUUGUCAUAUGAGAUGUAUACUGACUUUUUCAAGAGCUUUGAUUUAAAAGAAUAGUUGGACUGAAUUAAUACUGAUUUUUUGCACACAACAUUGGAAAAGGGGUAGUGACUCAUUUGUCUUCCUCCGUCUUAGUUGUAAUGAUGUUAGAUGUCACCAUGGAAUUUGAAAUUGGAUACCUGAAAAAGUAUUUGCAAACUUGGUUACUUGUUGGCAUACAAUGUUUAAAAGAACACCAGACAUUAUUGAGAAAUUUUGCAGUCCAAAGUUCUUAAAAAACCUGUUUCUUUUAUAAUAUGUUCCUGAAGAAUGAAUUUGUGAAAGCAUCAGAAAUGCUAUGUGCCUUUGAAUCUCCAAGGUACUCAAACAUUGUUAAAGCAGCACAGUAGAAAUUCAAAGGGUGGAUUAUUUUGUAACAACAGAAAGAUUGAUUUAAAAUUAUCUCUGGAUUAUGUGCAAAUUUUUCUGUAAAUACGUAGUACUGUUCUACUGACCUGAGUUGCUGUUAAGUGUAUGUUAGACUCUGUGUUUACUUGUAAAUGAAUGGCCUUUACAGAUCUGGCUACGUGAAUGUGAUCAUUCAAACAUCUCCUGCCAGAUACAGUAACUUCCAUAUUCUGAGACAACAGAUGCUGCAUCAUGGUUUGUACUUUUAGGAUUCAAGUGCUAAUGGAUGCAUUUGUAAAAAAAAGCAAAAAUCUAUGUAAUCAAAGGCAACAAAACCAACCACACUUAUAUGGCUUAGUGUUUUUAUUUGUCCUAGUAUACAGGUGAAAAAAGGAACUGACAGAAUAAAAAGUUUGUUGCUCUCUU